UGAGGAGCCAGUUUAGCUCGUGCUGGUUUGCGGCGCCUUCCAUCCGUGAAACCUGGGUUCGACUCCGGGCUGCUCCCUGUUCCCUUCUCUACCUCUGCCGGUUCCAAGCCCGGUUUGAGAAGGUUGCGUCAGGAAGGGCAUCCGGCGUAAAACAUUGCCAAAUUUACCAUGCGACUUGUUCGCUGUGGCGACCCCUGAUGGGAGAAGCCGAAAGUGGAAGAUUAUUUCUACAACAUGCAACGAGUCUAUGCAUUCCCGUGUAUCCAUGGAGACACCAGAGCCAGGCCCAGCAGAUGGAGAAGAGCGCCCAGUUGAGCUUCGACCCCGGACACGCUCCAACCCCGAGGGUGCUGAGGACCGCCGCAGCAGCACGGGCAGCCUUGGGGGCAACGGCAACCAAAGCAUGUCCCAGUCUGCCGUGGGUAGCCGUGUAGAGGGGGAGGGAGAGGCUUCCACCAGCGACAGUCCUCCCAGCUCGGUCACCACCACAGUUUCAGUGGCUGCAGCUCAGAGUGGAGCUCCUGCUGCUUCAGGUGUGGCAGCAGCGGCCAGCACUGCAGCACAACUGUCAACGUCAGUUGUUUCAGCUAAAGACAGGCCAAAGCCCCCACCACAACAGCCAGCACUAACAAUGUCCAGCCCUCCACCUGCCGAGUACCAACUCAGACUUCCUCGUGCAAACUGCCCAGAGAAAGUGAUUAUCUGUUUAGAUCUCUCUGAAGAGAUGUCCCUACCAAAGCUGGAGUCUUUUAAUGGAUCUAAAACAAACGCUUUGAACAUAUCACAGAAGAUGAUCGAGAUGUUUGUGAGAACAAAACAUAAGAUUGACAAACGACAUGAAUUUGCACUUGUCGUCAUCAAUGAUGAUGCCCUCUGGCUGUCAGGCUUCACCUCUGAUCCCAGAGAGCUUUGCAGUUGUCUGUACGACCUGGAGACCAAUGUGUGCGAGUCCUUCAACCUAGAAGAUCUCCUCAAUGUCAUUCGUCAGAAGAUCGAGUUGCCGUUGGUGGAAAAUGUUCAGACCAUUCCACCGCCGUAUGUUGUGCGGACUCUGCUCAUCUACAGUCGACAUGCGGGGCCACUACAGCUCAACCUCCCCGAAGCCGUCAGUAAAAUGCUGCAGUCUCCUUAUUUUUUCUUCGACGUGGUCUAUUUACACAACGGGGUGGAUGAACAAAGCGAGGAGACCAGCUGGAGGGACAACUACUCCUCCUUCUGUAACCUGGACUCAAAGGGCACGUGUUAUCGCUAUGAGGUUUCACUCAGCGGACCUGCCAUAGAGCUGCACAAUUGCAUGGCCAAACUGCUGGCUCACCCUUUACAGAGACCUUUCCAGAGUCAUGCGUCCUACAGCCUGUUGGAGGACGAUGACCCCGAGGAUACUGAAGCCACGGUCUAAAAAGGGACAAGUGCAAAAACAUACACACACUUUUUAGUUUUCUUUUUUUUUUUUAUUAAAGGCCUUUUUUCAUCAAAUGAAUCACUUCUAAUACUUGUAUAGAUACGAUCCUGAUUACAUUCUUUUAUUUUUAACUUUCCCCUUGGUUACCUUUUCACAUUUCCUUCCUGCCUGUUUGUUUUAUGAGGGUUUGUUUCAUUUUUGGACAUUGAGUCACAGACAGUGAAAGAAUGUACCUGUUGAAGCUUCUCCUCGAUGGUGACCUGUGGGUGGUUCCCCAGCAGUCUAGCUGCACUAAACCCAAUGUACAGACACUUUUUUUUAUGUUUCUGAGUAUUAAAACAAGCAAUGGAAAAUGUGA